AUGAUGAACAGGAUUCUCUUUGCUUGCCUGUUUCUCGCUCUGUCCACUGAAAGCUCCUCGCUAAGCUGCAGAUGGAUGGAUCAUAAAUUCAGACAGCACAACGAAGAAACUCUGAAUCUGCUUGAUACCAUGGCUAAAAACGCCACUAACACCAGUGAAGUGGAGGUCACCGUGGCCUUCCCUAAUCACCUGUAUCACCAGGUGUCCAAAUCAUCAGCUGAGGAUAAACUGGCUUUCAGUGUUCAGAUUCUGGAGGAGGUGGCUGCCCUGUUUGAGGAGGAUCACAGCGCUGCAUCAUGGGAGGACAGCACAGUGAGGAACUUCCUCAAUAUUGUCAACAAACAGGCUGAAGAGCUUCACUCCUGUACUGAGGAAUAA